AUGCUGAGAUCACUGCCAAGAGAUCUCUUCUGUGACACUAAAGAGUUGAAGCUACUGCUGGUACAGAACAACCUCAAGUUGAGAUCAUUGGAUCGUGAUGUCUUCAGAGAUGGCAGCAGGCUUGAGGAUGUUAUUCUGGAUCACAACAACAUCAGUUCACUGGAACGAGAUGUGUUCACUCACCUGACAAAUGUCAAGAGGCUGAACCUAGCCUACAAUAAAAUCAGGAUCCUGCCUGAGGGUAUCUUUAGAGAUAACCAAGAACUACAGGAGCUGAGGCUGUCGGGGAACCCAGUGCACAUAAAUGCACGUGUUGCCAGGAGUCUGCUGAGAAACAGUGUCAAACUGCGAGUGCUUCUGAUGCGCAAGUGCAACCUACAGAACCUCCCGACUGGCCUUCUAGGAAAUGCAUCGAAUCUGGAAUGGCUGGACCUGUCACACAACAAGAUCUCCAAAUUCCCUGCAGAGUUCAUCCAGAACUGUACAAAGCUGGCCUACUUAGGACUCGCCUACAAUGAGCUCAAGGUCCUCGGCUCAGACCUGGUGUUCCUGCAUGGUGGAUCUCUUGCUGCUUUGACACUGGAAGGCAACCCUUGGCACUGUGACUGUGACAUUCUGCCCCUGGCCAGCUGGGCCAGUUUGCGGAAAGACGCAGUGCCAGAGUGGCCUAACUGCAGCUCUCCACACGGAGUCAAGAAAGAGCCCCUACAGCACUGGUUCCACAGCAAAAAUGAGACAAAGUGUGGUGAUGCCACCUUGCUGCUGCGUGCAGACCUGAACCGAGUGCUGUCCGUGGCUCGUGCCAUCGCAGAGCGAGGACCGAACUUCUCUACAGACUUGCUUCCUGUCUCUGAUAAAGAAGUCAGCUUCACUGCCACAAAUUAG